AUGGCCGGACGUCGUUACGCAGAUGAUGUCUCCAUCGACCGCUACGACGACCGAAGAGACUAUACCUCCCGAAAUGGUCGUCGGGUCUAUGAUGACCGCUAUGUGGAUGAAGAGGUAGACUAUCGUCGUGGUGCUCCCGUCCGCGAACGGGAAAGAGAAAGGGAAGGCCUCGUUCGGGACGAUGUUCGGGAACGCCCUAGAUCCGGUCUGGAUUUCUUACAAGAAGGCUAUGGUCGGUCUUCUGCUGGGCCGGUAGUCUUGGCCAAGCGAGAACGAGAGGACUUCGAAUUUGUCCCUCGACCUCGCCGGCGGUCACCCUUGCCGGAGCCCGAAAGGAAGUUUGAGAAGGAGGAGAUCAUUGUCAGAAAGAGGGAUGAGUCGACAUCGAGACCGCCGCCGCGGACACGGGAGAGGGAUCGAGGAUAUGACAGAGAAGAAGUCAUUAUCCGCCGAGACGAGAGAGAGACGGAUCGGAGACCCCCUCCCGGUCGUGAGUGGGACCGGGAAGAGAUCAUCUUUCGAAGAGAAGAAAGAGAACGGGACGUACGAUCUCCCCCCGUACGCGAACAGAACACUUCGCGGGAAGAAAAUGUCAUUCGGCGGGAUGAAACUGAUCGUCGAGUUCGGUAUGAUGCAGACUACGACAGGGACGACGUGGUCUCUCGAAGGGGUGACUACCCGAGGUCGGUCAGAGGCGAUGUCGAGAGGGAUGAAAUUAUCAUCCGCCGUGAGGAGCAGAACCUGUCUCCUCGUGGCUACGAAGAUUAUCCUCUAAGUCGAUCAAAAUCACAUGAGCGAGCCAGAUCCCGUGGGCGACGCUCCAGCAGCGCUUCCGGCCAAGAGAUCAUCAUUCGCCAGGAAGAGCAAGAGGGUCGUGGCGGUCGUACCCGUGACCGACAGGAGAUCAUUAUCCGAAGGAAUUCUCGAUCACGGUCACGCUCGCCCUCGGUUGCUUCUGCACCUGUUCGGGCCCCAGAACCUCAAGUCAUCAAGGCUCCUACCAUUCAUCAGGAAGUCGUUACCCAUCAUCGCCAUAUUGACCAUGGAUUCGAGGUCGCCAUUCCAACCCGCCCUCGGGUUAUCUCUCGACCACCAUCUCCUCCAAGUCCUCCGCCACCUCGUGCUCCUGCGCCCCGAGCUAGGUCGGAAGAGCGUAUCCAGAUCAGUCGAACCCAAACCAGGAACGGCCAUACCUCAGCUGAAGACAUUGUCAUUGACCGCAACGAAGGUCCAGCUGCUCCGAGACCCGUGGCGCCUUAUGCGCCGCCUCCUCCGCGAGAUCCCUACUACGAGCCUGUUCCUCCUCCUCGCCGUGAUUACGGUUAUGACCGAGAUGUCCAAAAAGAGGCUGAGUACUACAAUAGCCGGGCGCUGGAACGAUCGUAUGUCGGUGAAGGGUACCACGGCGCCACGCGGGAUUGGGAGAUUGUGGAUGUUCCGCCCGGGACCCAUCGAGUACGCAUGGAUGGAGCAGGUGGAGGAAGUCAGGAAAUCACCUGGCAGCGGUACAACGGUGUACGACGAAGCAAGUUUGUGCCAGAUGGAGUACUUGACGACACACGUGCAAGGGGUGCAGUCCGAACACCCCCAUUACCCGCCCCGGCACCGCUGCCUGCAUCGAACGGGGACAUCGGCCGUCGGUAUGGCAGAGAGCGAGAUCCCACCGAGGGCUUGUGGACCGAAAUCACCAAGGAUCUUGUUGUCAAAGAGGCCAUACAAGAGAUGGGCUAUGAAUUCGAAGAGACGGAAGAUUUCUACUACAUUAUUGCUUAUUUACGAUAUGAAGACAUAGCCCGUCUCGUCGGGCUCUCCGAGGACAUCCGCCGAGAGCGGAGGAAAAGAGUCAAAGAACUUGAAUGGGAGAAUCGAGUCUUGCCGCCUCCUGUGGUCGAGGAGAUUCCGCGCCCCCUCGCCAUUGAGCCACCGCCACCACCUCGGUCCCGUCAACCUUGGGACCGAGAAGAGGAGCGGUACAUUGAACGAGAAAUAGUCUAUAAAGGGGACCGUCCUCCCCCACCAGUCGCCUGGAGGCGCUAA